CACUCCACGUUACGCUCUGGACUCGACUUAACCCGGAAGAGAGCAGCGUGGGUGUUUGUGAGGAUUGUUUACAUUUUCUUCAGCCCGUUAAAAUGAAUUAUCCGAUGAUAAACUCGACCAGCUUUGUUUCAACGACCAGAAGAAAACGAGAAGCUGAGCGCUCGGUAAACUGGACGGUGGAGGAAACUCAGGUGCUGCUGUGCGCCUGGAGCGACGAGCGCAUCCAGAAAAGUUUGGCGGAAAACCUUCGCAACCGCCAUGUCUUCAAACACCUCUCUGUACGUAUGAGUGAAAUGGGUUUCUCUCGAAGUCCACACCAGUGCCGGCUCCGUGUCAAAACUCUCAAGGCUAACUAUGUGAGAGCCAAACUACAAAGGAGCAGCUCGCAGCCUUGCACUUUUAAAUAUUUUGCAGAGAUGGACGCUGUGUUGGGCCGGAGGUCAGAGGCAGAGGAAGGAGGGCCAUAUUUUGUUUCUACUGGACGCAUGGCGGGGCGGCACCUAGACUCCUUUGACAGCACAGGAACUAUCCCAACAGAUUUAAACUCGCACACAGAAAACCAUUUGGGCUGUUCGGGGAGCACAGGAAGACAACGUUUGAACUCUUUAGAGGAGAGAGCAGGCCGUCAGUCUUGGCAGCUUGACUCUGAAGUCAAAUUGGAAGACAGAGACGUUUCAACGGAUGAGUUUGACAGCAGCAAUACAGGAUUCCCUCAGCGACAUCAUGAGGUUUACACUGAAUCAUCCAUCCAUUGUGAAAUUACAGGUUCACUAGUGGAAAACAGCAGUCCUUCCACACAUAUAGUACCACCUCAACCUCCAGCUGCUUCACCUCCUCCUCCUCCAGCUGCUGUUACCCAAUCCUCUCCUCUCCCCAGACUCUCAGAUCCAAGCCCCAACACAGUCCCUACCUCUGGCCAUCUUCCCUCCGAGUCCUCAUGCCCCAAGCACCUUUCGGAGUGCUUCAAGUGGCUGGUGUCGGAGACCCGGGGCCUGAUGGUGCAGCUGGAGAGCCAGCGUCAGGAGCAGGCCCGCUGUCAUCAGGAGCUCCUCUCCCAGUGGCUGCAGAGGGAGGAACGCUGGCAGAGGGAGACGGCCGAGAGGGAGGAGAGGAGGGAAAAGGCUCGCAUGGAGCACGAAAUCCGAGUCCUGGAGCUCCUCACAAGUCUAGCCAGAGAAGGAAAGUGUAAAUGUGGAGGCAAUAAGACAGUAGGAGAGGCUACAAAUCACACUUGCAACAAAGGCGAAAAGUAGAAGGCACUCGCACCAAGGACUUUUCUUACAGCGGUUGAACCAAAGUUUGCAAACUCAGGGAGAACCAGAUAAUGGCACUUGUAAUGCAGAGACGGCUACAUUACAGGCAGCUAGUGAGCGAGCAGUGUAAGGAACAGUGCCUUUCGGGGACUUGGACCGGUGACCUUCCGGUUCCCAAGCCAAGUCCCAAUGGACUUCGCCACCACUGCCCAAUCCUUGACCUUGAGGUAUACAGAGUGAAUUUUUUAUUUCAACCAAAUUAUUGAAGAAACCCUAAAGCAGGGGUGUUCAAAAAUGUUUCACCGAGGGCCACAUACAGAAAAAUAUACGGCGAUCUGGGCCACUUAUAGAGGUGAAUAUUGCCUCCUAAGUUAAGUUAUAAGUUAGCAAAACAAAUCAAAUGUAGGUGAAUAAUGCGUGAUACUUUCAAAUGGUUCAAGGAACAAACAGCCUACAUCCAAUCUCUCUUUAGGGUUUCAUUUAUUUUGUUGGCAGCUCAUUCCUUAAAACAGAAGCAUCAGAUUGCUGAUAAUAAGAGUAAGUAUGAAGGUUCAAUUUCAAGCUCGUUAUAGAAAUAAGUAAUUGGGCUUUUUUUUAUCAACUAAGAUUUGUUAGAAAGUUUUUUUAGAUUCUGAAUGACUAAAUUGAUUUGAAAAUUCUGCUCAUUAAUAUAUUUGAACAUAUAUAUUUGAGAAGUACAAUAUAAGACAAGCAAAAGUUCAAUUUGUGGGCCAUAUUCCAUUAUACUUUUAGAAAUUGCUGAGGGCCGAUUCAAAAUGGCCUGCGGGCCGUAAUUUGGACACCCCUGCCCUAAAGUCUUUAAGAUGAUGUGAGUUGACUGACAGCUAGUGGGAAGUGCGCAGAAAGCAUGGAAGGAGAAACUACAGUUGAUAGGUCAAAGGGAUUUUCUUUUUCUCUCGGUUUUCCGUCUUAGAGGGGAUUUCUUUGCACCUAAUGUAAAAAAACAGUUUCAUAAACUGUACUAUAAAUAAAUAAAGAACACUUUCAACCACA